CAAUCGUCAUCAUAAUUCUCACCCCAACCUUCCCCCUCGUAACUAUAAUUACAGAAGAAGAAGAACAACAAGAGUGGCAUCUAAUUCCAACCCCUUCGGUUUUCUACUUUCUUCCUUUGUUUCCUUCCACACUUCACUUUUCUUUCUCUCUCUUCCUUUUUCCUGUUACUUGUUCCACACUGCCACCUCAUUGCACCGGAAAAAAAAAAACCCUCUCCCCCUUCCCUGAUUCCUUUCUUUCUCAAAUACAACAACCAAUUAUCCAAAUCACACCCUCUCUUUUCUAAUUCUCUUAAUUAAUUACUAUUAAGUAUUAACCAUAACAUUCAAUAUUAAUAUUUAUAUUUAAUUUCAUAAAUGAAAAAUAAAUGUGUAUAAUUAUAUAUAUUAUUUAUUUAUUAUCUAUUUACUUAAAAUCUUCUUCUGCUGAGUCGUAACCGUUUUUAUCUCACGCGAAUUCCGCCUCGGAUAAAACUUCUCAUAUCUUCCGUAUCGCGUGUGCUUUCCUCUCUGAUACUGACCGCCCUCUAUAGCAUGAAGCAUAUUUCAACCUCCGCCGUUACCGGCUGCGCCGCCAUCCAACUCAACGAUUCCCCUUCGCACUAACGCCGCUUAAAAAAAAAAUCUCACGCACACAUGCAUCCUUUUUGCUGCGUAUCCGCCGUCUCCGACCAGUCUUCUCCGGUAAAACCUACGCCCGCGGCUCACUUCGCGGACUUCACCAUGCCUCCUCUCCCCUCCGCUGCCGUCAGAUCCGAUUCAGCCCCACGCCACAGUCAUAGCCACAGUUACGGCAGCAACCACUCCGCCGGCGGUGGCAGCAGCAGCAGCAACAACAACCACAACAACAACAAUAAUAACAACGGAGACCACGGGCGGGGGAGCCAGCAACAACAGCAGCGGGAGCAACCGCCGCCGCCGGUGGUGGUUGAUGUGAAGAUCAACGACCUCGUCGGAAAUGGAAUCUCGGGAAUACUGUACAAGUGGGUGAAUUAUGGCAAAGGAUGGAGGCCACGGUGGUUCGUGCUCCAAGACGGCGUUCUCUCCUACUAUAAGAUUCACGGUCCUGAUAAGAUCGUCGUGAAUCCCGAGACCGAGAAAGGCUCCAAGGUCAUCGGCGAGGAAUCCAUGCGCAGGAUCUCUCGCAACCGCAAUUCCCAAUCCCAACACCACCGUCGAAAGCCCUUCGGUGAAAUCCACCUCAAGGUUUCGACGAUUCGAGAGAGCAAAUCCGAUGAUAAGAGGUUUUCGGUGUUCACGGGAACGAAGAGAAUGCACCUGAGGGCAGAGACGAGAGAGGAUCGGACGACGUGGAUGGAGGCGCUGCAAGCGGUGAAGGACAUGUUCCCAAGGAUCUCGAACAGCGAGCUGAUGGCGCCGGUGGACAAUGUGAGCGUCUCGACGGAGAAGCUGAGGCAGAGGCUUCUAGAAGAACGGGUGAGUGAGGCUGCCAUUCAGGAUAGCGAGCAGAUCAUGAGGACAGAGUUUGCGGCGCUGCAGAACCAGCUUAAGCUCCUCAAGCAGAAGCAGUCAAUGCUCAUUGACACAUUGCGCCACUUAGAGACAGAAAAGGUCGAUCUGGAAAAUACAGUUGUUGAUGAGAGCCAAAGACAGUGGAAUGAUCAAGAGACUUCCUCCACAUUAAGGCAGGAAAAAUCUAGUGAAGGAAGUGCAAGUGAAUCUGAGGAUGAUAACGAGAGAAAUGAUGCUGCAGAAGAAGAAACAGAUGAUGAAGACAAUGCGUUUUUUGACACCCGCGAUUUUCUAUCGUCCAGUUCUUUCAAAAGUAAUGGGUCUGAUUAUAGAGUAUCAUCUUUCUCUUCUGAUGAUGAUGGGUUCUAUGCAUUCGAAUCGGAGGAUGAUGUAGAUCCAGCCAUUAGAUCUGUUGGAAGCAAUUACCCUCAUAUUAAGCGGCGUAAGAAAUUGCCUGAUCCUGUAGAGAAAGAGAAAGGUGUGAGUCUCUGGUCAAUGAUUAAGGAUAAUAUAGGGAAGGAUCUAACUAAAGUUUGCCUCCCUGUUUAUUUUAAUGAGCCACUCUCCUCCCUGCAAAAAUGUUUUGAAGAAAUGGAAUAUUCACAUCUGCUGGACCAAGCAUAUGAAUGGGGAAGAAGGGGUAAUAGCCUCAUGAGGAUUCUCUGUGUUGCUGCUUUUGCUGUAUCUGGUUAUGCUUCAACUGAUGGAAGAGUUUGCAAACCAUUUAAUCCAUUACUCGGGGAAACAUAUGAAGCUAAUUUUCCAGACAAAGGCCUUCGAUUUUUCUCAGAAAAGGUCAGUCAUCACCCAAUGAUAGUUGCGUGUCACUGUGAGGGUACAGGUUGGAAAUUUUGGGGGGAUAGCAACUUAAAGAGCAAAUUUUGGGGCCGAUCAAUUCAGCUUGACCCUGUCGGUACUUUGACCUUGGAAUUUGAGGAUGGGGAGGUUUUCCAGUGGAGCAAGGUUACUACAUCAAUAUACAAUCUUAUAUUAGGAAAGCUGUACUGUGAUCACUAUGGAACAAUGCGUAUACAGGGAAACCAAGAAUAUUCAUGUAAGCUGAAAUUCAAGGAACAGUCUAUAAUUGAUCGAAAUCCUCACCAGGUCCAUGGUAUCGUUCAAGAUAGGAAUGGGAAAACAGUAUCUACUUUGUUUGGAAAAUGGGAUGAAAGCAUGCAUUAUGUUAACGGAGACUACAGUGCAAAGGGAAAAGCUCACGAAUCCUUAUCAGAAGCCCGACUACUCUGGAAGAGAAGCAAGCCUCCCAAAUUUCCCACUAGAUAUAACUUCACUCGUUUUGCCAUCACAUUAAAUGAACUUACCCCUGGGUUGAAGGAAAAGUUGCCACCGACUGAUUCCAGGUUAAGACCAGACCAAAGAUAUCUGGAAAACGGGGAAUAUGAGAUGGCAAAUUCAGAAAAGUUACGGCUUGAGCAGAGGCAGCGACAGGCUCGGAAGAUGCAAGAGAGGGGUUGGAAACCGCGGUGGUUUGCCAAGGAUAAAGCAACCGGCACAUACCGAUACCUAGGAGGAUAUUGGGAGUCCCGAGAAGAAGGCACCUGGGACUCCUGUCCUGACAUCUUUGGCCAAAUUCCUUCAGACCAUCUUUCCGACGAAGGUCAAACUGCAUCUUAGUCUUCCAAUUUAUUUUUUUUUUAUCUUUCACUCCAAAUUUUUUUACCGAUGGGUGUCAACUGACUGCUACUUUGCAGUUGUUGUACAUCCAUCCAUGAAUUCAUGUAAGGUAAUCAGAUGAAAUAUGAGCAAAUAAUAAUGUAAUUCUUUUUUCUUUGCA